GUUUCAGUAGCAAUUUCUCUCAUCGUUUCGAUGUGCGCUUCAUUUGGCAAUAAAUGAGCAGUGUGAUCAAUUUUCGAGCUAAAGACGAUGCCUCAUCGUUAGGCCCUUAUCGCGACCAGCGAUUCAAGGGUUCACUGCGUGAACAGGAAAAGCUUCUGCUUAAUUCGAAAACACUUUAUGUUGGCAACCUGUCAUAUUACACAACAGAGGAACAGACUUAUGAACUGUUUAGUCGGGCUGGUGAUAUCAAACGUAUAAUCAUGGGUAUUGAUCGAUUUAAGAAGACGCCAUGCGGAUUUUGUUUUGUUGAAUACUACCUUCGAGAAGAUGCGGAAGACGCUAUGCGUUGCAUAAAUGGAACCCGGUUAGAUGAUCGAAUAAUUCGUACGGAUUGGGACGCUGGAUUUGUAGAAGGUCGACAGUACGGACGUGGUAAACAUGGUGGGCAGGUCCGAGAUGAAUACCGCAAAGAUUAUGAUCCAGGACGAGGAGGAUGGAACAGAGUUAUUGCAACAAGAAGUGCUGGACCAGAUUAGUUUUCCAGAAAUAUUUUCAGUUAAGGUGAAAAUCGCUUAAUGUUUCUGUGCAUUUGGAAUAGAAGGAUAGUGAGGAGCACUCAUUUCCUGGAUUAGCUUGUUAUUUAAUUGUAAUUACAAUUCCAUCGCUUCUGAUAUUACAAAGUUCAGCAAAAUUUUAAUUCUAAGAUAUCAUUUAGCUUGUUGACAGUGUUCAAGUACGCUCACCAACUCACUAACUUCUGUUUUAAUUUUCAAAAAGGC